AUGGAUUUGCGCAGCGAUCCGAUUGGAUCUAACCACAGAUCCACAAACCAGAUCGAAAACGAUACCCUGCAACACAACUGGUCUCCACCACCUGCCACUAACCCAAAUCCUAUGCAACCUCCAUCAUCGACAGCACGCGCCGUCUGGAUACCUAUGACAGUUUUGUUUCUUUUGAAUGUUUGUUGUACUGAUCAAACACCUGUUCAAGGACAAUCAGCAUAUCCCUCUGGUUCUCCAUCAAAAGCCGUCUGCAUUUCUCCAUAUCAGAGACUGUCUGCUGAUGUUCCUGUACAACUUCAUGAGAGGUUUCAAGGUGAGAGUAUCACUAGGUCCUCAGUUAUAGAGGAACCUGGAGACCAUGGAGAAGCACACUUAGUAGCUCUGGGUGAACUAGAAUUCCGUAAACAAUUUCUAAUAUUAAGUUAUGCUGGAGGAAUGAAGUUGAAAGAUCUGAUAGCAGCAGAGGACAUUAGGCAUUGGAAAUAUUUGCCAAUUGUAACGUUUGAGAGAAAAAUUUGGGAAUAUCUAGGUCGAAAAUGCAUCAGCCCUGAAGACUGUUGAUUGGUAAUUUACAUUCUCUGAUUCUUGCUCAACUGUACAUUAUUGAUUACCCUAAUCUGUAUACAACUCUCAUGCAAGACUAUUGUAAUUUAAGGUAUACGCAGCCACUAUGAAUUCUUUCAAGAAGAUGUAAAAAUUAUCAACAUCAUAUAUAAGUGCAUUGGAUAUAAGUAUGUUGGAAAGCCAAUCACUAUGUCCUUGCAUCAAAGUAAUCAUCUGAGCCCUUACGUAGCUAAUUUUUAACUAAUCAUUUAGUUUGAAGAUGCAAAUCUUAUCAAUUAGUUUUAAACUUUACUCAGUUACU